CCGGAGGAGGUCAAUUUCUGAUUUCUUCCGGCGAGAAAACAAACGAAAGAGUGAAAAAAAGGCGACUUUUUUCUUGUCCCGGGUUAUAAAGAUGUCAGCUUUGUGUCCUGUCUGCAAUCUCACGCUUCCUCUCUCCCUAAUCCAAAGCCAUGUGAAUUCCCACUUCGAAGACGAUGAAAUCAAUCCACAAAUCGAAACCGAUCACCACUUGGCUCUGCAACUCGCUUCUGAUGAUCAUUCUUCUGAUGAUCCUUCUUCGUCUUCCUCUGCUUCAUCAUCUAACAACGUUGCCUCCUUGGUCCAGUUACAGACUAAGAGUCAAUUCUAUAGUGUAGGUCAUGGUGGUUUGAUUUGUUUGCUGAGGAACUGUCUGGAGUCAGAACUGAAAUUGAAGUCGAAACCUUUAGAGUGUAGUACUAGUUUACUAUCAGGCUUUGUUGAUCAUUUUCAAUCUUCGAAGGAGGAUAAAGGUUGGGGAUGUGGAUGGAAGAACAUUCAAAUGCAAUGCUCUCAUUUGCUUUCUCAUAGAGAAGAAGCUAAGAGAGUUCUCUUUGGUGGUUCUAAUUUUGUUCCUGAUAUUCCUUCGCUCCAGCGAUGGCUUGAGUUAGCUUGGAACAAGGGGUUUGAUGUUUCUGGAGCUCUUCAUUUUGAUAAUCGAAUAUGUGGUUCCAAGAGAUGGAUUGGAACUACUGAAUGUGCUGCGUUGUUACGUUCUUUCGGGUUGAAAGCGAGGAUUGUUGAUUUUGCUCCCGAGAAGUCUAAAUCGAUGUAUCUUUCAGUUCCUGGUUCUGCUAUUGCACCCAAGGUAAAGUCAUAUGGUCCCAUGGACAGAUAUAUGGUUAAAAAGGGGGGAAGUGGGAAGGGAAAAGCAGUUGACUCUCAUAGUUCUAAUUCUUCUAGGAUCAGCAAAGGAGCGGUUUUAAUGGAAUGGGUUUGGAAUUACUUCUCAGAUAACAGGUUAAGUGUUUCAUCCGGUGUUCAUAUUACGAAUAAAGGGCCCUUGUAUUUCCAACAUGAAGGGCACUCGAGGACAAUUGUUGGGGUUCAGAGACGGUUGCAAGGAACUACAUUUACUCCUCAGUACAAUCUCCUAAUUUUGGACCCGGCUGAUUUUACUAGAGCUAUAGAGAUAGCGCUUAUAGAGAAGAGAGGAUGGGAGGGAUAUCUUAAAAGAGGAGCUCACACACUGAAAUGCCCCGAGUAUCAGAUGCUGUACGUUGAUAAUGGAAUUGCUGAUGGAGAGGAGUUGGAGAAGCUCAAAACCAUUGAUAGUCACUUUGUUGAAUUCUAAUGACUUCCAUCAAAAAUUGAAGAAUGGUUCUUGAAGAUUCUUAGAUUAAUUGCAAUUUUUCAGGACUAGGAGUUAGACUACUAUGACUUUCCAAGUUUCAACGAACGUAUAAGAUGUGGCUAUUUAUUAGAAACAUUGAGAAAAUACAGAAUUUUAACCA